UGCGUCUCAGCCUUGCAUGGAGGUCACGAGGCUGACAGUUCGCUAAAUCGAAGCCGACGUCGUGAAUGAGUCUACAACUUACUUACUCCACUCAUGAUCUCCACGAUAUCACUUUCCACUUCGGAAUAUGAGCUAUAGUCAGUCUAUUCAGAGAGCCUCACUGAAUAAGAACUUACCCCUUAUUCUCACCGGCCCCACCGAGCCUCGCUGCUCCCCAUUCACCAAGGCUACGAGGUGAAUAUUUGACAAGGCUCCCGACAUCUCCUCCCAUGCUUCGGGGAACGAACCUCUUUGCUCCACAAAUUUUUCGUCACUCAUAUACCACAAACACAAUUAGGAUGUCUACCUUCAACCUCGCGGGUGCAGAUGUAUCAAUCAAAUUAGUCGAUGAUCUCACCAAAGACGAGCUCCUCAAGUUUCCCGCCUUCAAGAACUGGAUCAAAACUCUGCAAUCCAACCUCUCUCUCCAGUCCACCAACCAGAACCAUGAAUUCCACAAAUCCCCCUACUCCCUCAAGCACAUCCAAAUCCAAGCUGUGGACCGAUUCGGCCCCCGAAUUGGCUUCAUGAAGAUCCACGCCACGGUCACGAAUGCAGACGGCGAUUUCCUCCCCGGCGCCAUCUUCCUGCGCGGCGCAAGUGUAGGCAUGCUCGUUCUGCUGCAGCCCGAUGACCUACCUCCGAACAGUCAGGAGGAGAAGCACGUGCUGUUGACAGUGCAGCCUCGGAUCGCGGCGGGGGGCUUGCAAUUCGUGGAACUGCCGGCGGGGAUGGUGGAUGAUGGAACGUUCAAGGGGAGCGCUUCGAAGGAGAUUGAGGAGGAACUGGGACUGAAGAUUCAUGAGGAUGAUUUGGUUAAUUUGACGGAGUUGGCGAUCCCGGAGAAGGAGGAGAUUUGUCCGAGAGCUAUGUUCCCAAGUGCUGGGGGGUGUGAUGAGUUUAUUCCGAUUUUUUUGCAUGAGAAGAGGAUUCCUCGGCAGCAGUUGGCGGAGUGGACUGGGAAGCUCACCGGACUGAGGGAGGAAGGGGAGAAAAUCACUCUGAAGCUUGUUAAGUUAGAAGACUUGUGGCUUGAGGGAGCGAGGGAUGCAAAGGCGUUGGCGGCUUGGGCUCUUUAUGAUGGGUUAAAGAGGAGUGGAAAGUUGGAGACGUAAUGCAAUGCGACGUGUUUUUAGUAUUCGUGCCUGCCAUGCCAGUCUAUCUGGGUAUCCUCAAGUCUAUAACUUCCAUUUUUUUGCAAUCUCAAUACCCUCUCCCAAUGUAGCAACCCUAGCAUCUAUCGCGAAGCCUUCCUUCUCUAGCCUCUUGCACUCCGCAUACAGAUCCGUCAAUGGAAGUGUGAACACCUCGAUAAACUCGCUGUCCUCCAACUCCGGC